AUGGCCAAUCCCUCCGGUGUCAGAAAGCCAAUCACACAUGUCGUUUUCGACAUGGAUGGUCUCUUGCUCGACACAGAGAAAUUCUAUACUGAAGUUCAGGAAAUUAUACUUGCUAGAUACAAUAAAACCUUUGAAUGGUCCCUCAAAGCAAAGAUGAUGGGAAUGAAAGCAAUAGAAGCUGCAAAGGUCUUUGUUGAAGAGACUGGAAUCAGUGAUUCACUUAGUGCCGAGCAAUUUCUUGUAGAAAGGGAAGAUAUGCUGAGGAGUUUGUUUCCAACAAGUGAGCUUAUGCCAGGUGUUAGCCGUUUGCUCAAACAUCUACAUGCGAAAGGAGUUCCUAUUGCCGUGGCAACGGGUUCUCACAAGCGACAUUUUGAAUUGAAAACGCAAAGACACGGUGAAAUGUUUUCUCUAAUGCAUCAUGUUGUUCUUGGUGACGACCCUGAAGUUAAACAGGGCAAACCAUCGCCUGAUGUAUUUCUUGCUGCAGCCAAGAGAUUUGAGGGUGGACCAGUAGAUCCAAAUAACAUACUUGUUUUUGAAGAUGCACCCUCUGGAGUUCAAGCAGCUAAGAAUGCUGGCAUGUCAGUUGUUAUGGUUCCUGAUCCGAGAUUGGACAAAUCUUUUCAUGGUGCAGGAGACCAAAUUUUGAAGUCAUUGUUGGAUUUCAACCCCAGUGAGUGGGGUUUACCUUCAUUUGAAGAUAAUGAAAGUUAA